AUGAAAGUUUAAGAUGCUUCCGAGAAGCAAGCCAAACCAAUCGAUUCACGCUUAAUGAAUGGACCAUUGUAAGAUCGUCACUGCACUGAUAUCAUAUGUUGUUUGUUAUUUAUCGCAUCGUUCAUAUUCAUGUGGUAUAUUGCUAUAACAGGAUACUCUCUUGGAAAACCAGAAAGAAUAUUGGCAGCUUAUGAUUCUGAUGGCAAUGCAUGUGAUUUGGAUUUACCAGAUUAUCCAUUAUUAUACUUUCCUAUCGUUCAUCCUGAUUACUAUAACAAGACAGUCUGUGUGGAAAGAUGUCCAGCAAAUACAUCAGACGCUGUUAAAUGUUAAACAAACAAAAAUAUCACCUCCUGUCCUAGAGAUUGUACAAAAGUUUCAAUUGAAACAUCUACUACUUUUGAUUUUACUUCCAUCGAUUCGAUGAAGACCUACGUGGACACAAUAACAAGUUCAGUUAGUAACCCAGAAAAUUGGAUAUGUCUCUAUGGAAGUGAACCUAUUUUUUCAAGAGCAUGUUUCCCAAGCACUGCCUUAGAAAUUUUGAAUCAAACUUCUAAUUUCAGUUCCUCAGUUGAUUUGAAUAGAUUGACGUCUUGGUUGUAUGACCUUUCUGUUGCAAAAUACAUCAUUCUUGCAUCUUUUUUUAUAGCAUUUGGUUUAGGAUUAAUCUAUAUGGUAAUUUUAAGAUUUUUGGGAGGAUUAUUUGUAUGGCUGACAAUCUUGCUUUAUUUUGUAGGAAUUUCAGUUUUGGCAGGUUACACUUGGGAUUAGCACUUAUAUUAUUUAAAUGAUUCUCAAUAAUCAGGCUCUGCUGGUUCAACAAAUGCCUCUGACAAUGCCAAAGCCUUGGAAUACAUAUUUUAUAUCGAAAUCGCUUGGAUUGCAUUUUCAAUUCUGGCAUUUUUUUGCAUUUUCAACAAAAUUAGAUUGGCCAUAGGAGUAGUGAAGACAGCUACUCUCUAUGUGAGAGAUAACUUUUCAGUUAUGAUUGUACCUCCAGUAAUUGGAGUUUGUUUAGGAGUCUUGUGGGUUUGGUGGAUUGUUUCAGUUGUAUACAUUGUUGGUCUUGGAAACAUCAAAGGAGAUGGCAGUACACCUUUUGCCUCUGUGACUUUUGACAACACAACUAGAAACAUGGUGUAUUACUUUAUGUUUGGUGGAUUAUGGAAAUAGGCCUUUUUGUUGGCUCUGAAUCAAUUCAUAAUUGGUUGUUCAGUGUGCAUAUGGUAUUUCAAUUAGGGACCAGGCUAAUCCUAUACUGGCAACUUAUUCUAGAGUAUAUAUUGGGCAUUUCGUUAUCAUCUUGGAUCAUUGGCAUUUGGUUCAUUCAUAUUGGCAGUGGUUCAAUUCAUUCGAUUGAUGUUGGAAUACGCAAAAUAUCAAGCAAAAUAGAUGGCAGGCGAUAAUAAAUGUACUAAAUGCAUAUUGGAUUGUCUGUCUUGUUUGGUGGCUUGUUUUGAACGAUUUAUUGAAUUCCUCAAUAAAAAUGCUUACAUUCAAAUUGCAUUGACUAGCAAGAGUUUCUGUCCAGCUGCUAAAGAUGCUUUUGAAUCAAUAUGGGCUAAUACCAUGAGAUACAGUCUAGUUUCUGGUAUUGGUUCUAUUUUCACAUUCAUUGGUAAAUUAUUUGUUGGCUUUGCUACAGUUCUGUUCUCAUAUGAAAUCUUUAUCAAUGUGGAACCGUAUAAAACAGAUCUGGCAUCUCCAAUUGUACCAUCAAUAGUGUGCUUUAUUAUUGCUUAUAUGGUGGCUAUUCUGUUCAUGAGUAUCUAUUAAAUGGCAUGUGAUGCUGUGUUGACUUGUUUCAUUUACGACGAAGAAUUGAAUAAGUAGAAUGGAGGGAUGUCAGCAUAACAUUGUCCAGAGACGUUAAGAGAAUGGUUUGAUAGCACUUAAUCAUCAUGA